AUGCUCGGUACUGGCAUCCCCGCGCCUGAUAUGCUUGAAGUUCUGCAGGACCGAAGUCAACACGAACCUGCGCCACGGACUAGCCCAGAAGACACCAGGUUGACAUGCCCAGCUAAGCCUGUUCGCGUUGGUUCAAGAGAGGAAAUCUAG